AUGUCAACUCAAAUGGAGCCAGAGGGAAGAUCCGAGAAUCGGGACAAAUCCUGGGAAGUUAGUAGCAUUCAGCAGCUGCCCAGUAUCGUUUCUGCAAGCGUUCCGUUUGCACAAAGCGACCAGGACUCCAGAAGCAAUACUAAGCUUAAGGAAGAACCGCUCAGGGAAUCCUCUGAUGAUGCCCUGAAUCAUGUUUUGGAGCACUGCUUCAAGCUCUACAAACUCAGAGAAGCAUAUCCUCAUUUUUUCUUCAAAGUGAAAGGAAACCGAUUCGGCCCACCACGAUCCAGGCGGCGCAUCCUUAUUGCUCCUCCCAUGGGAGGAGCAGCCCAUGGCGGUGCCAGACCUGAGCCACCUGCAGCUGGUGGGCCAAAGCACCCUGCCCAAUGCUUGGAGGUGCCUCCAGAGGAAGAGGAACUUAAAAGCAGUAAGGAAGAGGAGCAGCUGCAGCAGCUGGAGGCUUGGGUUGAGGAGAGGAAAAAGCUGCAGGCUUUGCUGAACAACUGUGUGAACCUUGAGCAAUGGCUAACCAUGAAACAGCCUGUCAGUGAGCAGGAAGAAAGCGUCUUAACGAAAAUAAAGGAAGCCCAAGAAGCUCAGAAAGCUAAAACGGAAGCCAAAGCAGCUGAUGCGAGUAGCAUUGAGCACCUGAUGCCAAAGAGAAUGCAAAAAAGAAUCAUUCCUCAGAUCAAGGCGCCCUAUCCUGAGUCCCUCCUCACUCUGCAGAACCUGCUGCACAAGCAGAAACUCAAGCUCGUGGAUCUCUUCAAUAAAGCUGACAGGACCAAGGCAAUGAAAUUCAGGAGAACAGAGUUCAUUAAAAUUAUCCAAGGGACCAAAGUGCCUAUUGAUCAAAAAGACCUGGAAGAUAUUAUUCUCUAUCUCACAGCUUCAAAGAAAGGGGAGAUGAUAACCAACGAAGAUCUGACUGAAUGUCAAAAAAUAUGGUUAGACAGUUUACGAGACCAAAGGAAGCAGAAUAAAGAUUCAGUGACAGUAACACCACCAAAAACAUCUCCUGUUCCUCAAAAAGCUUGCAUUGCCAGGAAGAAGUUUUCCAUUGCUCACAGCAAGAGGAAAUCGUUAGCACCUCAGGCUCUGUCAGCCCUGCUGGAUGUUCCUCCCAUGAACACUGAACCAGACUCCAUGCAUCUAACUUAUAACCAAAUGGAGGUGGUUGGGAAGCAAUACAGGGAAAUGAGACGGCAGUUCAAGAGGAAAACGUCUCCCUUAGAUUUUGCAGAACAAUGUCGGAUGGUGAAAACUGGAGACCCGGUUGUAGAUGGUCACUGCCUGCCAACCACCAUGGAGGGUGAAAUGGGAGAGCUGGUUGACCAGUAUCGACUGAAGACCCACCUGGUCUACAUGCAGUGUGUCAAGCUUUGUGAAAAAUACGGGGUCCCGCUGACUGAGAAGCUGCUCAAAAGGGCUCUGCUUUACCCAGCGGAUAAAAUCAUAAGAAAGGGAAAUGACUUCCAGAAAAUGAGACAACCAGGAGGUUAUUAUGAAAAUUCUCUUCAUUACCAAGUAGGAUCAUCAAAAGAAGAGUUAAUAAGUUCUUCCAAGCCUAAACAAAGGAAGCUUAAGCGAGAGGUCGAAAAGGAAAAGAUCAUAACGGAGAAGAUUCGAAAUACUCGCUGGGAUUCAUUUGCAGAAUUUAAGAAACUAAUGAAAAACCACUCAAAAAGACUGACUUUUCAGGAGGAGGGCCGGACGGACAGUUUACUCGACGCAAGGUUAUUCAAGACACAGGAAGAGCUGGCACAACAAUUCCUGCAAAAAGAGCUGAAGAGAAUGUUUGUGUUUUUGAAUCCUUUGACUGACCCCAAUAGUUUUUGGCCAGGACAUCUUCUUGAUAAACUGCGUCUAUAUCUACCCCAAAUGGAACGCAAUGAAGGGGAUGCACUGUUCAGCCAUGUUUCUCACAGGUGCCCAGUCCGCCCUGGCAUUUGCAAUCCUCACCGCAGCUGGCCAGUCAGUGAACGACAGUGUGUGACUUACGGAGAUCCAGAAUUCCGCAAAUAUUAUUAUUAUAUCUGACCGCUUUUUGAAACUUUCUGCAACACUGAUCUUUCAUGAGCUGUUGGUUCUUGCAACAAAUCUGCUGCAGUAAGACAACAUCCUAAGCAAAACAAGGUGAUCACGGCGAGACGUGACUGCCACAAAAUAUGCGCCAAAGGAAGGGUUUGGUGAAAGGGGCUUUCCAGACCAGUAGUCAGCAGCGUGCUGCACGUACGUUUCGUGACCUGCACAAUAAUGCCGGAUCUCUGCGGCACAACGUUCCAUCUGCACCUUAUGGAAGGACAGUAUCAGGCUCGGUGUGGGAAGACCUUUGUGCUGCU